CCAGCCCAGCCCAGUCCCACCCGCCUGCCCAGGCCCAGCUUCCCUUAGCUUCCGCCAGCCGGGUUCUCUGCCCCAAGGACGCUCCCGCCCGGUGCGAGCAGGAGGCGGCGCACAGAUACAGAAAGUGAGGCUGAGACACAUUGAAGACAGUGUGCCUGAGAGAACCUGAUGCCCUGACACAUCCCAGGCUCUGAAACUUCACCAUGCUUCCUCAUUCUUACUUCUUCCAUGUUGGAACAGCACAGCCCUGGUUCGGCUCCCACCGCUCCACCAUAGGCUGUGCCUCCUUGAGCCUCACACCUUGCUUCAUGGAGCUGUACUUAGCUACAGAAGAAUUGUAAAGAUCACAGGAACAUAGGGUAGUCAAGUGACAGGAUGAGAAAGUGACAUUUACCUAAGGACACCCAGAUACCCUAGAGGACCCAGAACUUGAAUUUUGGACCCUGGGGAUUCCCAUCAGAAAGUUUUCAGCCUCUGUCCAGGGGAUUUUUUUAACCACAAAGGGUAAUUCCUACUCCACCCUUGCUGUGACUCUGCUAUGACGUUGGACCACACAAGCCAGAGAGGAGAAGAUAAAGUCACCAGAAAGGGUGGCCCGGGGCCAGAACCCACCUCUCUCUCCAGACUCCACAAGGCUGGUCCUCUCUGCUCUACUUAACAGACCUUCUGGCCACCUGAAACCCCAAGAUGGCCUCCAGCUCAGCCCCUGAUGAAAACGAGUUUCAAUUUGGUUGCCCCCCUGCUCCCUGCCAGGACCCAUCAGAGCCCAGAGCUCUCUGCUGCACAGCCUGUCUCUCUGAGAACCUGAGAGAUGGUGAGGAUCGGAUCUGUCCUAAAUGCAGAGCAGACAACCUCCAACCUGUGAGCCCAGGAAGCCCUGUGACUCAGGAGAAGGUUCACCCUGAUGUAGCUGAGGCUGGAAUCACAUGUCCCUUUGCAGGUGUUGGCUGUUCCUUCAAGGGAAGCCCACAAUCCUUGCAGGAGCACGAGGCUACCUCCCAGUCCUCCCACCUGUACCUGCUGCUGGGAGUUUUAAAGGAGUGGAAAUCCUCACCAGGCUCCAACCUGGGCUCUGCACCCAUGGCACUGGAGAGGAACCUGUCAGAGCUGCAGCUCCAGGCAGCUGUGGAAGCGACAGGGGACCUGGAGGUAGACUGCUACCGGGCACCUUGCUGUGAGAGCCAGGAAGAACUGGCCCUGCAGCACUUGGUGAAGGAGAAGCUGCUGGCUCAGCUGGAGGAGAAGCUUCGUGUGUUCGCAAACAUUGUUGCUGUCCUCAACAAGGAAGUGGAGGCUUCCCACCUGGCACUGGCUGCCUCCAUCCACCAGAGCCAGUUGGACCGAGAGCACAUCCUGAACUUGGAGCAGAGGGUGGUGGAGUUACAGCAGACCCUGGCACAAAAAGACCAGGUCCUGGGCAAGCUUGAGCACAGUCUGCGACUCAUGGAGGAGGCGUCCUUUGAUGGUACUUUCCUGUGGAAGAUCACCAAUGUCACCAAGCGGUGCCACGAGUCAGUGUGUGGCCGGACUGUCAGCCUCUUCUCUCCAGCUUUCUACACUGCCAAGUAUGGUUACAAGUUGUGCCUGCGCUUGUACCUGAAUGGGGAUGGCUCAGGCAAGAAGACCCACCUGUCCCUGUUCAUCGUGAUCAUGAGAGGAGAAUAUGAUGCUCUACUGCCCUGGCCUUUCCGGAACAAGGUCACCUUUAUGCUACUUGACCAGAACAACCGUGAGCAUGCCAUUGAUGCCUUCCGGCCUGACCUGAGCUCAGCCUCCUUCCAGCGGCCACAGAGUGAGACCAACGUGGCCAGUGGCUGCCCGCUCUUCUUCCCCCUCAGCAAGCUACAGUCACCCAAGCACGCCUACGUGAAAGAUGACACGAUGUUCCUCAAAUGCAUUGUGGACACUAGUGCUUAGAGAUGUGGGGGGUGUCUCCUGACAGGAACCCACAGGCCAGGACAAGGAUGGGCUGAGGCUGGUGUGACUCCAAUGCCAAGGCAUGUGAGACUGGAGGGGUGUGAGCUGUGCAUACAGAAAGAGAGAGUGGAGGAGAAGACGGAAGUGGACAGACUACACAACACCUGGAGGCCAGCAUGCCAGAAGGUCCUGCAUGUUGAGACCAGCUUAGAUCAGGAUGAAGAGAGCCAGGCCUGAGGCAUGGACAUUUAGCCAAAGCUGUGGGGCCUAAGUGGAGGGGCACUCCUACUAGGACAUUCUCUGGAGGUCAGGGUAUAACUGGGGUAAUGUCCCAUCUCUCUGUUCAGACUCAAAACUAGGACCACAGGACAGAAGGGUCAGACAUUAAUGUGAAUUUAACUUGUCCUGGACUGAGUCCCUAUGUUAACAGACACGCAAACAGGUAAACCCAGAAGCUGUCCUGGGAAAUGCUUCCCAGCUGGAUUUGAAGACCUGUGAUGUUUUUACAGACAAAACAAACAACAAAAGCCUUGACUUUCCAGCUUCCUAUUCCUGAUGAGACUACACCCACAGAGGAUUCUGGAGAAACACCCAGGAUCCUCCUCCCUUCCAGCUCCCCAUUCACGUAAGCCUCUGAACCUAGCAGCCCAGUUACCCAAUGGACAGAAGCGCACCCAAGAGCUUGCCACGCAAGUACGGAGCUGGUGUCCAACACACAGCACCUUCAUGGACUCUCAGAGUGCCCAGCCAAAGGGAGACUACACUGCUAGCGUCCGGCAUUCCUCCAUCCAUGCAUCUUCCUUCCUUCUUCCCUCCCUUCCUCCCCCACUCCUCUUCCUACUCUUCCUCUUCCCCUCCCCCCUCCUUCCUCCCCUUCCCCAUUUCCUUCUAAAAAAGUCUCGUGUAGCCCAGACUGGUUUCAAACUCAGUAUACAGUCAAGGAUGAUGAUGCUUUCCUGAUUCUCCUGCCUCUAGCUCCCAAGUGCUGGGAUCAUAGAUGUGUGUCACCCUUCCUGGUUACAUGAGGUGCUGGGGACCAAGCCCAGGGCUUCCAGCAUGGUGGACAAGCACUCUGCUUAGCCACAUCCCCACACCUUUAAUGGCGCACUUCUGAUGGGAGGGGAAAGUUGUCUUCACACAGUGUGAGAGGCACUGUGCUGUUAGGGACAGCUGUGUGUGUCAUCUAUGCCUAGACACUGCAGGGGGAAAUAGUAGGACAUGCAACCCACUCUCCUGAAUCUUCUAGUUCAUCAGGAAGCCUGCAUGAUAAUUAUCACUAAAAGCAGAAUGGCGAGAAAAGCAUAGAAUCCAUUGGACAGAUGAGGGAAGGCUUCAUGGAAGAAGUGAGCCUCAAACCAGCCUGAAAUAUGUUGAAGUGCAGAGGAUCUUGUUGUGGAAGAGAGGACAGCCUUGGAGGGAUGGGGCAUGUCUUGGCUCCAAGCAGGGCCUGAGGGACCAAAGGCUGGAGAGAAAGGCUGGACCAGCCCAAACAUAGAUAGGUCAACUGGCCAAAACACAGAAAUCAUCAUAUAUGAGCUACUGCACACCUGGGCCUGUUAACAGAAGGGUGAGACCAUGGUUUAAACAGAUCAUUUAUUU